CCUGACUCCUUUAUAUGGGUCAACUUUAUUGGAAGCACAGUUCACCAAUUCAUGCACACACACAGUUACACACACAAACUGAUCUCUCUCUCUCUCUCUCUCUGUAUGUGUUUGUUUCAUUAAUCAGCUCGGAGGGAGUAAGUAGUAUAGGCCAUACCUCACUUUCUCUCUCCUCUCUCUCUCUCUCUCUAAAUUUGUACUGUAAAUAAUAUGGAGGGAGGUGGGAGGAAGAGGAAGAUGGAGAAGGAACAAGAAGAAGAAGAUGAAAAUGAGAAGAUGGAGAAGUUCUUUGCUUUGAUUAGAAGAACCCGAGAGGUCCGCGAAAUGAUGGGCAUGGACGGAGAAAAGAAGAAAGCAUCUGAUCAAGAAGAUAAGCCGCCGGUGGUGUCCGCGGUUUGGAAUCCGACAUUCCGGCCAGAGGAUUUCGUCAAGCUGGAUCGUGCUAAUCCUCAGUCUAAAGUUCAAACUGAUCAUGAUCAUAAUCAUGAUGACCAUGCAAUUACCCCACCAGUACUACCAGUAGUAGUACUAGUAGCAGGUCCUUCUAAGAGAGAAGAAGAUGAAAGUCAAAAACAAGAACACGACAAAGAAGGAGGUGGGGAUGGAGAUGGCUUGGACCUCAAGCUUUCUUUGUAGCUAGUUGGGUUAAUUUGGGGAAUUCAUGUGCAUUGGGUGUUGAAUAAUGUAAUUUGUUAGGUCAUGUAUUGGUUCAACUAUUCCAUAUUAUUUGAUGGGUGGUUGAAAACAUAUAUGUACAUAUACAUAUAAGGGACACUGAGCCGCCCCAACUUUCUCUCCCACCUCUCUCUGACUUUCUCUCUCUAACAGACACUCCCUUUAGUGGGACUGGGGGGAGAUGAAGACCGUGUCCCACUACUGCAAUAAACUCGACAUGUUUCAGUAAGUGUUUUUCGUGGAUGUUUUCUUACGCCGUUUUUUUGUUUUCUUCGUCUAGUUUUGUUUAUAUUCGGUUCGUUUUCGGAUCACACUGGCGGAUCUGUUGUUUUCUCUGAUUAGAUCUCUGGUCUGGGUUGGUUUUGGUUUUCCCCGCCUUGUUUUAAUCUUUUUCUCCUUGAUUUGAUCUUCUGCGGGGUUUCUUGAGUGUUGUAAUGCCUUGUAGUUGUAGCUUUGGAGCGGUUGUCGUGAUGAUGGCCAGACUUUUCGGUCUGUCUUGUUUGCUGCAUUCUCCCAUAGUGGUUCUGUUUGCAGAGUAUUAGAUUUUAUUUCCUCCCUAAAUCUAGAGCCUGUUCUUCAUUUAUUUGCUUUAUUUUAAGAUUUGUAUGUUUUUUCUAACUUGACUUUAUACGUUUGUACUAUCAUCUUGGCUUUAGGCCUUUGUACUUUUGAAUGACAAUAUAUAUAUAUACACACACACAUGCAAUGUGCAACUUGUUCUUCUUUAAUC